UGGUUGUCUUUCGGUUCCGUGUCGGUCUAGAUCGUUUGUGUCGGAUGGUGCUCGAGUGUUUGUGUGUCGGCUUGUCUUGGGGUUUCUCAUUUGUGCUGGAUGAUGUUUCAGUGUUGAAGUUUCGGGUUGCUUGGACAUCUCUUGUCCAUUUGAUUUUUUUUUUUUUUUUUUUUGGAACAAUUCUAGCUCGUCAGUAUCUCUAUGGUUUAUCUCGGUUGGCCGGGUUCGUUACUGGCUUUCGUGAUUCUUUGAAUGAUGUUUGGGGUCUUCGGAAUCAGUCACGGUUUAUAUAAUAAUUACGGCUUAUGUUACAUUGCCUGCUGGUGAGCAAAAGAAUUAUAACUGCUUCA